AUGUCGCUGGCCAGGCCGGAGGGGCGGCCGCGCUAUGCCUGGUGGCGCCGCCUGCGGCCCUCUCAGGCUGUGCCCUGGGAGACUGCCAGGAGCAUUCCGGAGCUGCCCAAGCCCCGUGCGUCGCCGCACCUGGAGUGGGCCAAGCAGGUCCGCACGCAGCAGAGGGCAUGGCUGCAGCAUCACUGCAAGAUAUGCAAGCCGCUUCCAAAGGUGAAGGGCUCAAAGGAGCGAGGCGAUGAGACAGUCCUCGGCAUUCCGACGCUCUUCGGCAGCGUGUCAAACUGGGCCCAGGACUUGCGGGUGGAAAAAGCCCCUGCCGAAGCGGAGGAGGACACCAUGCAGAAGCUGACCAUCGACGAUGUUGAUGUCGCCGGCAAGCGCAUCUUCAUGCGCGUGGACUUCAAUGUCCCGCAGGACAAGGCGGACCCCACCAAGAUUACCAACACUCAGCGCAUCGACGGCGCGCUGCCCACGAUCAAGAAGGUGCUGGAGAAGGGCGCCAAGAGCGUGGUGCUGGCCUCCCACCUGGGCCGCCCCGACGGGUCCGUGGUCGAGAAGUUCUCUAUGGCCCCCGUGGCCAAGAUUUUGGAGGAGAAGCUCGGGAAGCCGGUGGUCUUCUGCAAAGACUGCGUGGGCCCGGAGGUGGAGGCGGCAUGCGCGGACCCCGCCCCCGGCUCCGUGAUUUUGCUGGAGAACCUCCGCUUCCAUGUGGAAGAGGAGGGCAAGGGCGUGGAUGCCGCAGGCAACAAGAUUAAGGCGGACAAGGAGCAGGUCACAGCCUUCAGGGCUUCCAUCAGGAAGUUGGCGGACGUCUACUGCAACGACGCCUUUGGCACCGCCCAUCGUGCUCACAGCUCCAUGGUGGGUGAGGGCUUCGAUGUCAAGUGCGCUGGCGACCUCAUGGGCAAGGAGCUGGCGGCCUUUGGGAAGGUCCUCGAGUCCCCGGCCACCCCGGUGCUGGCCAUCCUGGGCGGCGCCAAGGUGAGCGACAAGAUCCAGCUGAUCAUGAACAUGCUGGACAAGGUGAACAAGAUGAUCAUUGGCGGCGGCAUGGCGUACACCUUCCUGAAGGUCCAGAACGGCAUGUCCAUUGGCACCUCUCUCUACGACGAGGAGGGCGCCAAAAUCGUGCCCGAGAUCCUCGAGAAGGCCAAGAAGCUGAAUGUGGAGAUCAUCCUGCCGGUGGACUUCACUUGCUCCUCCAAGUUCGGUGAGGAUGGCGAGAUCAAAGAAGGCGUGCAGCUGGCGGAGGGCAUCCCGGAGGGCUUCAUGGGCCUGGACUGCGGCCCCGCGUCCGUGGAGCUGAACGCCAAGGCGGUCAAGGAGAGCAAGACCAUCAUUUGGAACGGACCCAUGGGCGUCUUUGAGAUGGCCAAGUUCGAGACCGGCACGAAGAAGCUCAUGGACACCAUCGUGGAGGUUACCGCCGCGGGCGUCAUCACCGUGAUCGGAGGCGGUGACACCGCCACGGCCUGCAAGAAGUACGGCACCGAGGACAAGGUGACUCACUGCAGCACUGGCGGCGGUGCCUCCUUGGAGCUUUUGGAGGGCAAGGAGCUGCCGGGAGUGGCAGCACUGAACAACAAGUGCGGGCCCAAGCGGCGCAAGGUGAAGUCUUCGCGCUCAGUCGAGGUCCGCCCAGAGUUCAGGUUCGGCCGCUCUUGGCACUUGCGGAGCCUUGGAGCUUUGCACAGGUUAUGCUGUUAUAGAAGACUGGCCCGAGUACAAUUACAAUCCUUCAAGCUGACCCGCGCAGCAUCGUUCAACCGCAAUCGGAGCGACGGGCCAAUUUUCCGCCUAACCGUGGAGAGGCGCAACGCGGGCCUUGUGAAGCUGCAGGCGGCGCAGCGCAGGUGGAGGCAGGGCCAAAAGCACUGGCGCCGGCGCAAGCAGCGGGAGGUGCAGGAGCCGACGUGGGAGGCUCCAACGUUGCGGCUAGACGAGUUCCCUUCCCUCAACGCGACGCGGGCGUCGAACGCGGAGACUGGCCUGGCGCCUCUGGCGGAGCUUAACAGCGAGAGGCCGGAGAGUUCCAUUGCCUCGCUGGCCAGCAGUUCCGAAGACGACCACCUGCACGUGCAGUCCCAGGUCAUUCAGAAGUCCCUCCUGAGGCGCGGCUCGGUGCAGCGACUGGAGCUACUGUCUUUCGUGGACACCCUGUCGGCCAAGGACGUGACUUCAGGGGACCUGAACUUCGAGGAGCUCUUCGACGCCAGUGACCCGGAGCCCACAGAGGAGCAGAAGAAGGACCAGCAGCUCGCCUCGCUGAGCGGCGACUACUUGGCUUCCACGCUGAUGUCGAGGAACGACGAGCCGCCAGAGCUGGAAGCGGAGGUCAGCGCCACACCUCCGUCUGGGAUGGAGGUGGCGGAGCUGAAAGAGCAGUUCGCCGCUGCGGUGCGGCAGCGCAGCCAGGCUUGGCGCCAAGAGUUCCCCUUGGAGGUGCUCAACCAGCUCACUGCGGCCUUCGAGACCUGGCGCGAGGAGGACUCGCGGCGGAGCGCCAGCCUGCGCUCCAUGAACCACGUACUGCGGUACCUUCUGGGCUGGCCGCCCUCAGUCUUGCAGCAGGUUUUGGAGGAUCCAGACGCUGAUCGCCUCACCUUUGCCUCGCUGAGUGAUUUUCUGAAGCUGGUGAAGCACGCGCUGGAGGAGGCAGAGAUGGUCGAGCCGGACGUCCUGUGGUCAGACUGGGAUCUGCACCUCGUGCGCGAGAGCUUCAGGAAGUACUCGGUGAAGACCAGCAACACUAUGCCUGUGGUGCACCUGUUCCAGGCGGUGGCGGCGCUGGGCUUCGAGGAGCUGCACUUGGAGGACUCCGAGCGGCAGCGCUGGCUCGCGGGCAUCACCAAGCAGGUGCUGGCGCGCAAGGACGACCUGAAGGUUCCAGUGGAGCUGAGCCGGCGCGAGAGCUUGGUGCCGCCGCCCCCCAGGGCGGGCGCCGGUGCGCAUGUCACCUUCCGGGAUUUCCUGCGCAUCGCCAGCCGCGCGCUGCGGGAGUCGGAGAAGGAGCACCGCGCGGAGGAGUUCCAGGAGGAGUGUAAGGCCAUCCAAGCCUUGAACUAUGGGCUGCUGGAGGUGGAGGAGACAUGCGCGAGCUGCACGGGACAUUUUGCGCGAUUCGGUCAUCCAUGA